AUGCAAGUCAUACCCGCCGCCUGGGACCGGGGCAGUUCUGACGCCGGAACAGCCCGUCGAAUCGCUGCCCUGAAAACUCAGCCCUAUUCUCGAGCGCCUAUUGGUGGUUCAGUCCGCGGCCAAUCGGCCCACCAACCGAAAUCCACUCAGCCGCACUGUGAUUGCCUUCUCCGCCUGAGCAAGCUGUGGAUAUACAAGCCUUUGGAAUUAAUCAACUUUGGGCCGUCGGAAGUCGCGAGUUGUGCCAGGAAAGACGACACUUCGAGACCGGCCGUUAAAGAAUGUCAUUGGCUUCGAUUACGUCAUGGUACCACAUAG